AUGGAUUUGAAUAGUUAUGGAAAUAUCAAGCUCACCGUAACUCUUGUACCAGCUAUUGUCGUAACUAUUGCUUGUAUCAUUGUUUGGCGUCGUUAUCCAAAAAGCGAGGAAUUGAUGCUCAUAAUCAUGAAGGGCAUCAUCAGUAGAAAAAAUAUUGACAACAGACCUACAUACCUUGUCUGCAACAGGAAACUCCCGUCAUCAAAGCGACGUCAUUUUAUGUAUAAUUCCAUUUUCAUUAUUACUAUAUGCGUGAUGUGUUUUUCUACUGUCGCCAUCAUCGAAGUAACUUACGAAUGCCUUCACGACCCAGACUUGGAUUGCUUCAAAAAGAAAGAUGAUGUGAAAUUAUCUGAAUUUCUGAUUGAAUACGAUGAAUCACCUAUCAACUGUUCAACGAUUUCGAGGGGUGAUUUCGUUAUUUGCUACCGUCUGACUGCUUUUGAUCCUGAGAGAGCCUUUAUUGGCACUGCGGCUGGAUACUUAUUAUUCAAAAUGCUCAAUUUUGGCCUUCUUAUCGUGGCGCAUGUCAUGCUUUUGGUAACACAAAAAUUGCCGGAAACUUUGGUAAACCGCUUUAAGAUCGGGUUUGCCUUAAGUAUCUUAGCUGUAUUAUUUAUUCCACUCCUUUUAAGAAUAUUUCUAGAUGAGGUGGAAUCAGCAUUUCGUAAGAUGUCAUACACAGUGGUGCUUCAAUUCCUGUGUCUUGCGGCGGACCUCGUCCAUUUGGUACUUCUUCCUUGGGAAAAGUUCAGUAAAAGUAAAGAGUAUUAUGGAGAUGCGUCUUUACCAGACAAUGCUGAUGCACUUGAAAACGAAUUGGAAAUGGCCUAA